UUAGCGGCGCAGUGUCACCGGUGCAGCUCAAAGCAUAAACGCAGCGAGAGACAAAACCCCGCAUUUCUCUAGCUUGGUUUACCGUGCAUUGUUUUGAAUAAUUAAUGAUUUUAGCGCACACUUAGAACUUGUUUUGUAGUUUUUCUUGAUUAGAAAAGUAUGGAGUGGCGACAGCAGACAAGUUUGAGCUGUACAGACGCUUUCAACGAGGCUCAGCGCUGGAUUGAGGAAGUAACUGAAAAAUCUUUUGACUGCAAUGACUUUCGAGCAGCCUUGGAAAACGGCGUCCUUCUUUGUGAUUUGAUCAAUAAGUUAAAGCCUGGCAUCAUAAAGAGGGUGAAUAGGCUGUCCACUCCUAUUGCAGGCUUGGAUAAUGUCAGUGUGUUCCUGAAAGCCUGUGGCAAACUGGGGCUGAACGAGUCCCAGCUCUUCCACCCCGGAGACCUGCAGGACCUGUCCACACGUGUCACACUUAAAAAAGAUGAGAGCAGCAGGAGACUCAAAAAUGUGCUAAUAACCAUCUACUGGCUGGGCAGAAAGGCUAAUCAGGACCUGCUUUAUGAAGGACCUCAACUGAACUUCAAGUCUUUUGAAGGACUGCUGGGACUUGCCUUAUCUAGGGCCUUAGAUGAUUCCAUAAGCUGUUACUACCAGGACAAGGAGGAGACCCAAACCAAGAGGUCAAGCUUCAAGAGACAGAGUUCAUUGGACAGUGUGGACUCUCUGGAUGCCAAGGCAACUACCACAAACAGUGAAGGCUGUGGCAGUGAUGCGGAGGCUGAGCAGGUGUUUAAGAUGGAGACGUCUCAAACUUUAGCUCAUUCAAACAGAGGGCAUUUACCUGCUCCUCUACAGAAGGCCAAGCAAGCACGAGGAGAGAAGGGCUGCACCAGUCCAAUGUCCAGACCAGGUCAGAUUCUGAGUAAUCAAGAAAUACCAGUUCAGGUGAAUCCUGGCUGGAUUUGGAGCAAGUCUCUCUCUGAUAUCCCUAUGGUCUACCCUGUGCGCAACAUAAAUGAGGAGACCACUAUUUUGGAUGAAACUCAAGAACCAGGCACAGCACAAUAUAAAAGGAAGAGCAGUGCUACAAAGGACACUGAGGCCCAAUGGCACGAGGAUUUGAAUAAGUGGAAGAGCCGUCGCAGGGCGUCUCAGGACAGAGAGCAUGUCAUACACCAGACCCAUGGAGCCAAGAGCACUUUUCACAAAACUAUUACUCAAGGGGGACCAAUGAAAAGAGACCAGCCGUCACAGCACAGCCACAGCCCAGCCACCCACCCCUACCCUUCCACCUCACCAACCAAGUCCUCCAGGUCUAACCUCCGACCACACACCCGGGCACUGCUGGCUCGAAGCUACGCCACAGAGAUGCCCUACAACUCUCCCACAUCUUAUUGUCCACAAACUUCAGGACACAUUCAGGGGCCAACAGUUGGAACCAUGCCAGAACCUAUUACAACCAUCAUGGACAAAGACAACCACAUUGCUUCUCUGGCUUCAGUGGGAACAGUAGCCACUACCCCUUCUGUGGAGCAGCCCUUCAGCUCACAGACCCAUGUCAAAAAUGUACCUGCAAUGUCCCAGAAUAUGACGGGAGAAAAGUGUGUACGCUCACCUGUUAUGCCAAAGGAAAUUACAAAAUUAAACGCUGCUGCUAAAGAUCUUACUAUUGUUAGCCAUACAGAAAAAUUAAAUGCCCCAGUCAAGACAACCCAUAGUGAGAAGCAGGAAGUAAACGUGGAACCAAUCAAUGGCCCUGGUCUUGAAAAGUUCCUGUCCCGGGCUGGUACUUGGUCCGGUUCUGCGAGUCUCCCCCGUGGGUACCGCCGGUCUGAGGGCUCAAAUCGCCUCUCUUCUGUGAUCUCUGCCAGACCUUUUGGUACCAAACCAUCCAAGGUGUCCUCACUCCCAAAACUUUACAAUGUAGAUGACAAUCAACUGAACUGGCUGUCGAAUAAUGAAAAAGAAGUCUCUCCACCUGUCACUACUUUGCUGAAAAGGCAGACAGCGACGGCUCAUCUCAAAGGCCAGACUCCGGUCAUGCAGACAGAGCACAGAGCACAACAGAAGGAGAACUGUGCUGUUCUCUCCAGUGUGGUUCAGAGCAGCGGGUACUACCCCCAGUCCCCCGUGCAGGACGGGCCCCAACACGGCAGUUCCACUCUUGGGAAGGAGUCCAGUGCUCCAGUGAAUGUGGAUCACAGUGACAUGAGAGUGUGCCUUACCCUCAGACCGAACAGCAGACAAGACUUUGGCUUUCAGACUCACUGGGACAGCACAGGGGCCAGGGUCACAGCCAUUCAACCAGGAAGUACUGCAGAACUUUGCCAUCUUUGCAUCAAUGAUGAGAUUAUUGCAGUUGAUGGAGUAUCUGUGUCUCAACUGAAUUUCAACCAGUGGAAAAAUAAAAUGGCCUCCGCCCUGCAAACCGGCAGUUUGACCAUGGAUGUCCGACGCUACGGGAACAGAGAUUGGAGCACCAGUGAGGCCAGUUUUUACACUCAGCCAGGCCAGAACAGGAAGACCCUCGAUUUGACCUCUUCAGCGCCCCUUCUGAUUGGCCGACCCAAUCACCAUGCCAACACUGACACCACACUAAUGGCCCUGUCCAAAUUUAAUGGGCAGCCCAACAAUGUUAAUCUUUGUCAAAACAUGGAUGGAGAACAUACUGACAAUCCCUGGACAGCCACGAAUAAAGGAGGUUCUGAAUCUGCAAUAUCAGAUCUCCAGGUGCCAUCCCUGAGCCCCUCCUCCAGCAGCUGGUCCUGGGACAGAGAGGAGGAGCGCAGGCGGCAGGAGAAGUGGCAGGAAGAGCAGGAGCGCCUCCUACAGGAGAAAUACCAGCGGGAUCAGGAGCGGCUAGAUCGGGAGUGGAAGAAAGCACAAGAGGAUGCUUCAAGCGAUAAAAAAGAUGAGUCAAAACUGGUAACCAAUGACGAAAACCUACAGAAGAUGUGCCUCCAUGUAAAUGACAUGACAAAUAAGACCAGAGAUGAAAACAGUCCUGCCACAAAUGAAGUUAAGGCGACAGAAAGCUCCCCCUGCAAGGCAAAAGAAAUUUCACUGGAAAAACCAAGUGACGAGUGGGCCAAGUCCAUGUCCACACCAGCGCUAACAAGCCAGCAGAAACAAAUCAGAGGGCCCGGUGACCAGAGGAAAAGGAAAAGCCAGAGCCAGACAGUGUCAAAGAUUGAGCAAGAGCGGCUGCAGAUUUUGGAGGAAAUGAAGAAGAGGACUCAGCUCCUCACAGACAACAGUUGGAUACGCCAGCGGCGUGCCAGUUUUUACAAAGAGCCCAUCACGCCCGGGGACCCAAUCAAGAGGUAUGAGUCUAUGGACCACCUUGAGAGCUGGCGCCACUCUCCCGUUGCUUCGAUGGCCUUAACUCACCCCCGGCCACAGUCCGCCGCUGCAGGAUACUGUGGAUCCUCCAGGACCUCCUCUGCACGCCACAGCACUGGGUCCAUGCCUCCACAGAGAAGCAGGACUGAGGCGGGCUUGAGGACAUGCUGUGUGUGUGAGGGGGUCCUUGAUAGUGGGGCUGCUAUGGUCAUACAGGCUCUUAGUCUGAGCUUCCACCUCUCGUGUUUCCAGUGCGUGGGCUGUUACCGAGAUCUCCGAGGAACAGAGGCAGGAGUCCAGGUCCGGAUCCACAAACACAGGCCCUAUUGUGAGUCCUGCUAUUUCAGCCUCAAAUCCACUGGCAGUGCCUUGUUGUGAUCAAAACACAGCUCUGCAUAUCACUGAAUAACCAGUCCACCUGCAAACGUCAUCCAACAGUGUACUAAUGCCCAUGAAGCUCUACGAGUGCAUUUGUUAUCUAAAUUAUUUUAAACUGUAGUUUUAAAUGUAUUAAAUAAUAUGAACUAGACCUAAUGUAUCUGUUUCUUUUAUGAUUUUUGUGUUGUGUUGUGUAAUUGUAAGUAUAGUUCAGCUAUUAGUUACUGUUUGGUAGGAAUCUUUCUUUUCUUCAGGGGUGCAUGUGGGUGACACAGAUUUUACACAAACUUAGGUCUACUUAUUGUGACCCUUAUGUACAAUGCACUAAACCUUUAAGAAUCUUUUGACUUUUAUUGUUCUACCACUUGGUGUCACCAUUGGACUCUUGGUAAAGUUAGCCGUCCUCUUUGCAGUGACUCUGUGGUGUUUGCAAAAAUAUUUUAAAGAUGACACCAUAAUUUUUCUGAAAACCCAUUGUUUUAAAUUGCCAAACAUUUAAUUAUAAACUAAAUAGACCAAGAACAUUUGUGUCAAAGCCUUUGGAGUUUGUAACUUUAAAUCUCCUUGUGAAUAUUUUAAAAUUAUUUUUAACAACAAAAGUUUUAGAAAGUGAAGUGAAACAUGUGCUGUAUGUUCAAUGUUUAGUGACUGCACAAAUAAAGAUUACUGUACUAUA